AUGUCGUGGAACGAAGAUAGACUCAUUCAUACUUUCAAUGGCAUCACUUUUACUACGAGAUCCUCACCAGAACUUUUAAAUUCCCUGGUUUCGUUUGAUGCUAGAGAAGAUGAUGUUCUGUUGGUUUCCUAUCCAAAAUCUGGAACCCACUGGCUGGCGGAAAUCCUUACACACAUCUAUGCAUCCAAAGUGGCUUUGACGUCUCCCAUUGAAUUUGGAGAUAUUUCCAAACUGGACCAAAUGAAUCACCUUUCCUGCAAAAGGAUCAUACCGACCCACUUGGACAGCAACAUGUUGCCACCAACAUUCAGGGUCAAGCAUUGCAAGGCUAUUUAUAUUGUCAGAAAUCCAAAGGAUAUUGCUGUAUCCAUGUUCCAUUACUAUCAAGAGAAUCCAAACCUCCCCACCAUAGAUUCCUGGCCGAAUUUCCUGGAGAUGUUCUUAAAAGGAGAUG